AUGGCGAGCGCUCCAAAGAACGCAUCGGGGUUGAAAGAGAACAUCAUCUUUCUGAGUUUGCCAAAUUCCCGACCGGGGUUUGGCCCUCGAAGGCUCCCUGCUGGUGGUGGUUUCGAGGUUUGGUGGCCAUUAACCGUCUCUCUACCAAAAAUCAUCAUGGCUGAGUUUACUUCCGGUGAGGACGCUGCCGCCAAGAAGGCUUCGCGCUCGUUCAAGAAGUACUCGUACCGUGGCGUCGAGCUUGACCAGCUCCUCGACCUCUCGAACGAGGCGUUCAUUGAGAUCGUCCACGCUCGUGCCCGCCGUCGCUUCCAGCGUGGUCUCAAGUCGCGCCCCAUGCGCCUCAUCAAGAAGCUCCGCAAGGCCAAGAAGGAGGCUGGCCCCCACGCCAAGCCCGUCAUGGUCAAGACCCACCUCCGUGACAUGAUCAUCGUCCCUGAGAUGAUCGGCUCGGUUGUCGGUGUCUACAACGGCAAGACCUUCACCACGGUCGAGGUCAAGCCCGAGAUGACUGGCCACUACCUCGGCGAGUUCUCGAUCACCUACAAGCCCGUCGGCCACGGCCGUGGCGCCAACAUGGCCAACUCCCGGUUCGUCCCGCUCAAGUAA